CUUCUUUUUUCCUUCUGCAUUCUUAUUAUUUUACUGAGAUUAUCAACUAAAUCCAAAUCUAUAGAUUAUUUUCUAAUGCCUGCACUUGUUUACGAUCUUUUCUCUUUAUUCUUUUUAUUCUUUAUUCUUUUUUUUAUGAAUUGGGUUUGCCUUUUGGCUUCCGCUUUUGAUUUCGAUCAUCCGGUUAUCGUGUUCUUUGUAACUGACUUCUACCCGAGUCGUGGUCGAGUUGACUCGCUUCCGACAGCCCGACACCACGUCAGGGUGACAGCCAUUUCAAUUUACGGAUCUUCCUUUCUUCUUGCGAGUUGUAGUUUUGACGGCCUUACGUUACAUCCAAUGAUCCAAGAUUCCUUGGUCCAACGCAGCUGCUAGUCUCGUAUUUUGGAUACAAGCAAAGGAAGGUUCUUGGUCGGUGGGGUUACCGAUACAGCAAUUGAUAGGGCUGUCAGUGUCUAUCCAUUGACAGCCCGAUUCUUUUUAAACUCCUUUUUAGUUUUUGUUUACAAGUUGGAUCCUCUUAUUUUGUGCAGGUGAUUCUUGCGUUUAAAAUUUCUUUUGGCUUUCUGGGUAUUGACCAGAUAGAGUUUCUUUGACUUUUGGAUUGGCUGUUUAUUUUUAUUUGAGGACUGCUUCAUAUUGGUAUGGUAGUUUCUGUUCUGGGUGUUCAAUAUGGGUUCCUUGUCUGGAAUCAUUCAACGUCCUCUAGCUGCAGCCGCUGCUGUUGCCGUGGCUUCUGUUUCUGCUGAUUUUUCUGUUAAAUUUCCACCUCCUUUAUCGGAUACUUGUUCGACCUCAGAACAAAUUGAAACUUCCGUAUCUAAUUCCUUACCAGAGUCCAAGGCCUCAUUGGCAGAAAAUAUAUCAGCUUCCAAGAUUGCAAGCCUGUCGUUUGUUACUAGAAUUCGAGUACCUCUCCCUAGUGUUAACUUUCCGAUUCCAAACUCAGGCCGGAAUUUUGUUCCCAAUGUCCUAUGUUCUUCUGUUGCUUCAUCUCCACUGCUAGGUAAUUUGUAUAAGUCAGCGGAGUUAGCUAAACCAUCAAAGCAUGUUGCAUGUACAGAGAGUAUCCCUACCUCAACCCCUGAUGUUUUGUACAGAUGGCAUUUGCCUGAGCCAUCUGCAAUUGAUGUUUCUGGGACGUCUGACUGUUCGUCAGCAAAGUCUCGUACAGUUGUUGUUUUGUUAGGGUGGUUGGGAUCUAAGCAGAAACAUCUCAAGAGAUAUGCAGAGUGGUAUGCCUCCAGGGGUUAUCAUGCCAUUACCUUCACCUUCCCAAUGAUUGACAUUAUCAGUUACCAAGCUGGUGGGAAAGCUGAGCAGGACAUAGACAUUCUUGUUAAUCACUUGGCUGAUUGGUUGGAAGGGGAGCAUGGGAAAAACCUGGUUUUUCACACUUUUAGCAAUACUGGAUGGUUAACAUAUGGAGUUAUUCUUGAGAAGUUCCAGAAACAAGAUCCUUCUUUAAUGGGAAGGAUAAGAGGCUGCAUUGUGGAUUCAGCCCCUGUUGCCGCCCCUGACCCACAGGUCUGGGCUUCAGGUUUCUCCGCCGCUUUUCUGAAGAAACAUAGUUUUGCCACAAAAGGAUUUGCUAGCUCAAGUGAAUCAGAUAUGGGGGCAUCAGUUGGCAAAAGAGAAUUCUCAGAACCCAAGCCUGCAGUAACUGAAGCUGCUUUGCUGUUAGUCCUGGAGAAGUUCUUUGAGGUUGUUUUGAAUUUUCCUGGUGUUAACAGGAGGCUUUCUGAUGUAUUAGGCUUGCUGUCAUCUGGACAACCUACCUGUCCUCAGUUAUAUAUUUAUAGCUCUGCAGAUAGAGUCAUCCCUGCUGAUUAUGUGGAAUCAUUUAUAGAGAAGCAAAAGAGAUCUGGGCGUGAGGUUCGGUCAUGCAACUUUGUCUCCACACCACAUGUUGAUCAUUUUAGAAAGGACCCUAAACUGUAUACAAGUCAGCUCAGCCAGUUUUUGGAGGACUGUGUGCUUACUUGUUGCAAACAUUCUUGAUUAAGUACAUAUGAACAUAACCGUAUUCAUUUUUUUUUUUCCGUCCGACAGGGAAAAACCCAGUGUUACAUACUCAAAGUGCCUGUAGUCACAUAGAGGUUAUUGACUGUACUGGGAAGAAUAAUAGCUCAUUUUUUUUCUAUUGAACUUGUAUGACAAAUUCAUUCAUAAUGUUUUCCUGGUCCGUACCGAACAUAGUUUUCUUCUUUUGCCUUGUAAGAUCAGUUUUAUAUUAGUGCAAGCUUUGUCAAAAUUUUAAUGUCAUUUGAGCUCAAGACUUGGUGUCCAUUUGCAUAGACGAUGAGAUUGGCUUUGAUAAGAUUAAAAAUAGUAACAACGAUGCGAUUAGUUACUAUAAUGAUAAGAUUAAGUACUAUAAUGAUGAGAUUAAAAUCAAUGGUGAAAUAUGUAUUUGAAUACAAACGUAGAGAGAACAAAGAGGUGAAAUGUAAUGACUAGAGAAAAUUA